ACUUCACUUGCUUGGGCCUUGCUACUACUUUUCCUCUCCUUAUAAUCACCGCUCCUCAGUUUCUCUCGUCCCCACCUCCAUAUCUCCCUCUCCCUCGAAUCUAAGGACUUGUUUGUUUCUUUUUUUUUUUUUUUGACAAGUGACUUGCUUGUUUCAUUGUUUUAUUGUUUCAUGGCACUUCAACUCAUAUAGAAGAAGACCAAACUUAUAUUAAACACCAUGAACAAUCUUCAAGAUUGGCCUGAACCAAUAGUUCGUGUUCAAUCCUUAUCGGAGAAUUGCCUGGAGGAAAUUCCUGGUCGAUAUAUCAAGCCACCGCUCGAAAGGCCAUCGAUAAACUCAUCAUCAUCAUCUUCUUCUUCUUCUUCCUCUUCCUCUUCCUCUUCUUCUUCUUCUUCUUCUCCAAAUGAUGAUAGCAAUAUCCCUAUUAUUGAUCUUGGAGGCCUAAAUGGAAACGAUGAUAAUCUUCGAGCUUCCACACUUAGUGAAAUUUCCAUGGCCUGUCGCAACUGGGGAUUCUUCCAAGUUAUCAACCAUGGAGUUAAGCCUGAGUUGCUCGACCGAGCUCGAGAAGUAUGGAGAGAAUUCUUUCAUUUGCCGAUGGAGUUGAAGCAAACAUAUGCAAAUUCUCCCAAGACUUAUGAAGGUUAUGGUAGCAGAUUAGGAGUAGAGAAAGGAGCCAUUCUCGAUUGGAGUGAUUACUACUUUCUUCACUAUCUUCCCUUGUGUUUAAAAGACUAUAAGAAGUGGCCUGGUCUACCAGCUAAUUGCAGGGAAGUGAUUGACGAAUAUGGAAAACAAGUGGUGGAGCUAUGUGGAAGGUUGAUGAAGGUAUUAUCGAUAAAUCUUGGAUUAGGAGAGGCACGUCUACAAGAUUCAUUUGGUGGUGAGAACAUUGGGGCAUGUCUAAGAGUGAACUUUUAUCCUAAGUGUCCACAACCUCACUUAACCCUUGGUUUAUCAUCCCAUUCCGACCCCGGUGGCAUGACCCUUCUCUUGCCGGACGAUCAUGUCACCGGUCUUCAAGUCCGGCGAGGAGAUGAUUGGAUCACAGUGAAGCCAGCUUCUCAUGCUUUUAUUGUAAAUAUUGGUGAUCAAAUUCAGGUAUUAAGCAAUGCAAUAUAUAAAAGUGUGGAGCAUCGAGUAAUUGUAAAUUCAGCAAAAGAACGUGUAUCACUUGCUUUCUUCUAUAAUCCAAAAAGUGAUAUACCCAUAGAGCCAAUGAAGGAGCUUGUGACACAAGAGAGACCUUCACUAUACCCACCUAUGACAUUUGAUGAGUACAGACUUUUCAUUAGAACAAGAGGUCCCCGAGGCAAAUCCCAAGUGGAGUCUCUAAAAUCUCCAAGAUGAAAUAUAUGAUGGAGACAUUAUAUAUUUAAGCUUUAAUUAGAUUUCAUUGCAAAUCAAAUGUACCAAUCAUCCCUUCAUUGCUUAUUUUUAUUUGAGUUAAUUAAUUUUACAUCUAUGUAAUCACAA